GGAAAGCCUGAAGGUUGCUCUGAAGGUCAUCGUCAAGGUCAGCUUGCCUAUGAGCACGUUUUCACGGCGAAAAGUUAGGCAAUAGGGCGUAGUCUGAGACCACUGGAUUAAAGUGUGUACUUGAUUCGAACUUCCCUGAGGUGUUUAUUGUGAACAAAAUCAUCUGGCAGUCGUAAUUCAUUAGUUAAACUAACCCUAUAUUAGCUAAUCCUCAGCUAGCUUACACUCAAAUACUAUCAAAAUGUAAAUAAGGAAAUAUCUACCUAACCAUCCUGUCAAAACACCUAUUGCUAAAUUAUCUAACCAUUUCACCCAGCUUAUCUGUUUGCUAUGCUUCUAAUAUAUUUCUAUUCCAAAUGAUAUCAAUAACUCCUUACAAACUUAGUAAAUCUGCGUAUAUUUCGUGGUGUAAGUGUUUUAAUACUGUGUAAAUGAUAAAGCUUUUUAAAGGAUUCACAAAAUAGGAUGGGUUUAUGUUUCCGCGUUACAUUUACUCUCACGCUGUUUUGCUGUGUAAAGCAGAAAGGAUUGUUUAAGUGUGUUUUUUUCACUGUUGAUAAUUAGUUUGCAUCUGAAUUCAUUAAUGUUCAUGAGUAGUUAUCUUUGCGAAUAUGACUGUCUGAUGUAUACUUCAUUUUUCUUCAGCUAUUCAUUUUCACAGGAUUUAUUACCUCUGACGUCUUCAUCAACCCAAUAUGUUAUCAUAUGAUGCUGAAAAAUAUGUCAACGAUCCUAUUAUUGAAAUGCAAUGGGCUGAAAAGUGUUUCCGUCAUUCAGAAGCUUAUUUCCAGUUGCUUUGUUCAGCUCCCAACUUGUCACAACUAAGACUGACUGCUAUUGAUGAUGUUAUAUUUGAAGAAUUUAUGAAGACGUUUAGUGAUUUAAAUUUAUCUACCAUUUCGGAAGAUUUGUUAAAAUCAACGGAGUCCAAAAAAAAAUGGUGGAUAUUUUGUAAUAAAUUUGAAAAUAAAGUUGAAGACUUCAACUUUGGAACUUUGUUGAGACUUGAUGCUGCGAAAGGCUAUUGUCCAGAAAACACAUGUGUUGUGCCUAGAAUACAAUUCCUUGCUAUAGAAAUUUCGCGUAACCGUCUUCAUAUCAAUAAUCAAGAGGAAUUGAAACAAUUAAAAGAAUAAGCAACUUCACUUGUUCAUUCAUUUGUAUAUACAUAUAUUUAUUCAUCAUUGUGGUGGUUGUUCUCAAACAUUUAUAUGUUGCCUUUUAUUGGUAGUCUAGUAUCAUCGUUGUUUCUUACGUUGAGUUUUAAAGAUUCUAGACAAAAUCAAAACCCAGAUGGGUAUACUUUAUUCAGAAAUGUAUUGUUGGCCACACCUUAAAGUGUUGUACGUGCUUAUGCACACAAUCAAAGAAAUAAUACUUUUUUAUCAGUUUUUUGUCAAAUAAAAUUAUUCUAUGGUAGAUAUAUAAUCUACCACAAUACCCGAA